CAUGUGACUUCGAUGUUGACGUACACCGAGGGAUAUUGGCGCGGUUUAAUCUAAACCCAGCAGCAGUUUGUGCGUAAGCUUUCAAAUUUUAAUCGAAGCAAUGUCUGCCUAUCAAAAAUACAGAUACGAAAACGAUUGCAAACCUGAUGAAAACAGGAACAAAGGCACUUCAAGAUGGACCCAUUGUAGGAAACGCGGUGCAGAUGGUAAUCUAAGAAAAUCUCUCGAGGUUGGAGAGCCUGACAAAUGUUCACAGAGCUCACGCAGACAAGAAAGUUUCACAACCCCAGAGAGUGAGGGACCUGUGUCCAGAGUAAAAAACUGGGGAGAUGAAGUAGAGGCAGAGGAAAUGCGUUCAAAUGUCCAACGUGAUAUGCAUCGAUAUAGGAGGAGGAUUCUUGAAGCAGAUUUUCCUCAAAGAGAUAGAAAAAUCUCCUCUGGAAGUUCUGACUCCAGAGACUCGAAAGAUUCCAAAGAAUCACCUGCUAAAGGUGACAUCGAGACAGACGAGACCACUCUCAUAAGGAGACAAAAACAGAUUAAUUAUGGGAAAAACACUCUUGCAUAUGAUAGAUACAUCAAAGAAGUUCCCAAGCUUAUGAGACAGCCUGGUGUUCAUCCAAAGACUCCAAACAAAUUCAAGAAGUACAGCCGACGCUCAUGGGACCAGCAAAUAAAACUGUGGCGUGUCAAACUUCACGCGUGGGAUCCACCUGCAGAAGAGGGAAGCGACCUGCAGCAGAUAGAAGAGAUUGACCUUGGUGAAAUAAUGGAAUUUGAAUUGGAUGUGGAGUGUUCAGCGGAUACUGAAUUCCAAUGUCCGACAUCCAGUGGAGCAUUGCUGUCUUUGGCAGAGGAUUCAUUUGCAGGAACCCCUAAAAAGAUGAUGAAAAUUGAGGAUGCUGAAAUGUCAUGAGCAACUACACUGAGAUCCAGUCUCUAAUGAGGGAACUCCUGAGCAGCUGAAUUGUUUUAAUACACUGGUCGCCUUACCGUUUGAGCAUUAGCAUUAUUAUUAUUGAGCAUUAUUAUUUCAACAGGUUCUGAUGUUUUAUUGGUAGCACAGGUUUUGACAGAUUAUUAAAGAGAAGGUUUUGUCCGUAUCACUGAUUCCAACAUGUUGUUUUCCAUUUUUAUUUAAUUUUUGGGUCUUCGAAAGAAAAUGUAAAUGUUGUAAUGGUUGAAUUUUCUAUUGUGGUAAUCAAUUUAGUGCUCAGUGGACAUUCUCUUGUAUUUAUCAGUUUGUUGGAUCUCAGAGAGGGUUCACAACAAAUUUCCAAUGUUAAAAUUGUUUUUGGUUUUAAGUGUUCUUUUAGGCGUGUUUUUUUUUUUUCCUUUUCUUUUUUUUUUUGCUUGUUAACUAAUAUUUUAUUAAGAACUUUUUGAAAAUAAAUAUUGCUUGGAAUGACCAAAUAGUUGUCAUUCAUUUAAUAUAGAAUGUAUAUAAUCACUGAAUAUGCUUAGCUUUUAAGACCUUGGUAUGAAGUAAAAUUAAAAAUCAAAUUUUUUAGAAAUCUUUUGGAUUCCAGUCAAAUGGAGCCCUUAAAUGCAACAAAUGUUUGGAAUCACAAGGAAAUACUUAUUUGGUAAUGAAAUUGGUACUUUUACUCUUUAACGUUACAUUGAAGUGCUGUUUUCUCUUCAAUGAUGCAAAUGACUUUCUCAAUAUUAUUUUGUGUCUGGCUUUACAUGGUUAAGAUUGAAACUGAGCUUAUGUGUUAUAGCAUGCAGCAUAAAAGGGUAUACUCCAAUACCCCCUUUUUUUCCUAAAUGAUUGUUAAUACAUUUCAAGAAAAUAAUACAAAUCUGAAGUGUAUUAUUGUACUUAUUUCUCUGUGUUAUGUACUUCCUAUCAAUAUCAAUUAGCCAGGUUUUUUUUUUCUUUUUUAAUAAAAGGUUUGGAGAAAUGAGUACGCCAUUGAUUAAA